AUGGCAAAACUCCUCACAGCUUUGGGCAUUCUGCUCACUUUGCACAUCGCCUCAUCCAAUAAACUGGUGUGCCACAUGACCAACUGGGCCCAGUACAGGCCCAGUAUUGCCAAAUUUACAGCUGACAACAUCGACCCCUUCCUGUGCACACACGUCAUCUACGCUCUGUCCACCAUCAACAGCUUCAACCAGAUCACCCCCAUCGAGUGGAAUGAUGAGCAGCAGUUCAUCAGGCUCAACAACUUGAAGAAUGCUAAUCCUGCACUGAAGACUCUGCUGUCUGUUGGAGGCACAACCAAUGGAAUCAGCCCAUUCAUCGCCAUGGUUGCCAGGCCUGAGAGUCGUGCGAGCUUCAUCAAGUCGGCAAUCAGCUACCUGCGCACCCAUAACUUUGAUGGGCUGAACUUGGCCUGGGAAUAUCCUGGACACAAUGGCAGCCCAUCAAAUGACAAGGAGAGGUUCACCCUGCUGGUCACGGAGAUGUCCAAGGCCUUUGAGGACGAUGCCAGGGACAACAGGAAGACUCAGCUGCUGCUGUCAGCCAACGUUGCCAGUUUAGUUCCCACCAUCAUCAGAGCCUAUGAGGUCGAAAAGAUUGCAGUUCACCUUGACUUCAUCAAUGUCAUGACCUAUGACUUCCAUGGACACUGGGAGACAGCCACUGGACACAACAGCCCACUGUACCAGAGCUCUGAGGACUCUGGCUCACACAUUCAUCAUAAUAUAAACUCUUCAGUAUCCUACUGGCUUGCUCUGAAAGCACCAGCUGAGAAGCUGCUCCUGGGUUUCCCCACCUAUGGAAGAACUUACCACCUCAGCACCGCUGCUACGGCCCUGGGAGCCCCAGCUAAUGGCCCCGCAGUAGCCGGACCCUACACUCGCACAGCUGGCUUUUGGUCCUACUAUGAGAUCUGUGACAUCACCACCAGUGCUACUGAUGAAUGGAUCCCUGAACAGGAGGUUCCAUAUUCCCACUUUGGAAGUUCCUGGGUGGGCUAUGACAACAUGCGCAGCUAUUCUUCCAAGGUCCAGUGGAUGACUGCCAACAACCUGGGAGGUGCUCAUGUGUGGACUCUGGACAUGGAUGACUUUAGUGGAUCCUUCUGCUCAGCUGGAGCUUAUCCUCUUAUCAACCACCUCAGGAUGUCGAUGGGCUUCCCCCCAAAGCCUACCACCACACCAGCCCCCACCACCACCAGAGACCCCAUUGCAGAAUUCUGCCGUGGCCGCCCCGAUGGCCUGUAUGAGAACCUCGCUGAUAAGACCACCUACUUCCAGUGCUUCCAGGGAAACACCUACCUGCACCGCUGCCAGCCUGGCCUCAUCUACUGGGACUCCUGCAAAUGCUGCAACUGGCCCUGAGCCACAGACUGAAAAUACACACCAAGUCCAUGAACAGGGUGUGAGCUUGUGAUUGUGAUUCACUUGUUGCUGGGUUACAACAGGAACCCAAAGUAAAUCAAUGAGAAAA